AUGUCUCGCGAAGGAUAUCAGGUCCCUACGACCGGCACGGCCGCCAGCGUCGCCCGCGGCUCCACGCACACCAACCUCGAGAGCCGUGCCAUUAUGACGUACCUGUGCGGUGACUGCGGCGGUCAGGUUUCUCUGGGCAAGGAUGCUCUCGUGGCCUGCCCCCACUGCGCUGGUCGUGUGCUCUACAAGGAGAGGACGAAGCGCAUGGUUCAAUUUGAGGCCAGGUGA